AUGGUUUCCAACCUGCGCAUUCAGAAGCGCCUCGCCGCGUCGGUUGCCGGUGUCGGCAAGCGCAAGAUCUGGCUCGACCCCCAGGAGGCUGCCGAGAUUGGCCAGGCCAACUCGCGCUCGGGUGUCCGCAAGCUCCUCAAGGACGGCCACAUCAUUGUCAAGCCCACCGUCAUCCACUCGCGUGCCCGCACUCGUGCCCACGCCGCCUCGAAGCGUCUUGGUCGCCACUCGGGCGCUGGUAAGCGCAAGGGUACCGCCGAGGCCCGUAUGCCCACCAAGGUCCAGUGGCUCCGUCGCAUGCGUGUCCUCCGUCGUCUCCUCCGCAAGUACCGUGAGGCCGGCAAGAUCGACAAGCACCUCUACCACGUCCUUUACCUCAAGGCCAAGGGUAACACCUUCAAGAACAAGCGUGUCCUCAUGGAGCACAUCCACAAGGCCAAGGCCGAGAAGCUCCGCACCAAGCACCUCGCCGACCAGAUGGAGGCCCGCCGUAUCAAGAACAAGGCCAUGCGCGAGCGCAAGGCCCAGCGUCUUGCCGAGAAGCGCGCCGGCAUCCUCGAGGUCGAGCGCGAGGAGGAGCACCAGUAG